AUGCCUACUCCGUUCACAUCAACCUUUGCCUCGGCUGCUGCGAGCAGCAAUGGUGAAAAAAGAGACGGCGGAGGUGACUGGCCCCGAAGCCGGCCCAACGGCGCGACACAGACCUUCCGACGCCCCUCCGCCAACACCACCGCGCAACUACGCGACACCACACAGCAGAACUCUACACCUUCGCCAAAUCCGGGAACCUACAUCCACCCACACCACAACACGAACAAUGCGAUGCGAAACGGCGUACCUGUGAACACGAGGUACAGCCGGGAGGACUGCUUGAACAUUUUUCGCGGCCAGCAAGAGAUGAAUGGUCUCGAUCGAAACCUUCCGGGUAUCUUCCAGGGUACGUGGGAUCCGUUGUCCGAUACAAAUGGCGCCGCUGCGCAGACUCCGCGCAGCGACCCCAAGGACCAGUACCCUGGACCGGAUGUUUGCUGGGAGGCGCGGCCUGUGUCGAUUCCACUGGGCUUGCGGGAUCACAAUGCGGAUGAGAAAGAGCUAUUUUCCACCUCUGUCAACUCGCCCAUCAAACUAGUUCAAGGUUCCAAAGAGGCUGGUGGCGUUGCGCCGAUAGGGACUCGCAAGACCUCCUUGUCCAGCUAUACCACUGGUGGCACUGCCUCACGCCCAGGAACGCGCCGCCGGGAUACCAGCGAUUCCUUCACUGCCAAUGGUCCCCUGUCUCCUGCUGGCGAGAAGACAUUCUUUAGAGGCGAAUCGAAUACCGCUACUCCCCCUCCUGCACUGCUGCGGCGUCGUACCGAUUUCAAGGAUGAUGAACCGAGCCCUGGUCAGAAAGAUGUUUCCGCUAAAGACGAGGAUGAUUCAACGGCUACGGUUGGGCCUCCCAAGCGCAGCACUACAGGGCCACUGAGUGCGGGUCUGAAUUCUCCAGCCAAUUCUCCUUGGUCCCAGGGUCCCAACUCCUCCGCAUUCGGCUCCAUGGGUUCGUUCGGCAGCUUCAACGUAGCACCUGCGAAUGCUGGCCCGGAUAAACCGGAGCAGCGCCCCGGUUUCGGUAGUGGCCGUGGUUCUAGUCGAUUCAAGGACAUGAUGGCGAAGUCUAGUACCGAAGAUAUGCACGCUGCAAAAGAAAAGGCUAUGUUCGGCGCACUGGAGAAGCUCCCAGAAGAGGACGCGGAUCUGAACCAGAGCAAAGUCCGCGACCUCUUCAAGACCAGACCCAACCGGAGCGAGACCAACCCGUAUGAAGAGAUGCCUCUUCGCACCGGCAGCGCAGCUCUGUCCCAAGAAGGCGCAGGCUCGCAGCAGGGCGUCGAUCAGUUGGGCUUUGCCUCCGUUGGCGGACAGGGUUUUAACGAGCCCAUGAGUCCCACCCACACCAACCCCUAUCAAAGCCCCCACGGCGCGCAGCGCGACGAUGGCAGCCAGGCCGAGCCAGAUGCGAAUGCGCACGGCUUGCCUCCAUUUGGGGGAGCUCGACGCAAUCUGUUCAGUGACAAUGAUAGCGCACCUAGAUCUGCCAGCGGUUUCGGCGCGUUUCCCGGAUUUGGAGCCCCCCCGGGAGCCCCUAGCUGGUCAGGUGCUCCUUUUGGUUCCGGUACACCCGCGAGAGAGCGUGGAAUGGGAUUCGGUGACCCUAUCUUCAGCCCUCUCUCGGACAUGCAAUCUCCAGGUGCUGGCCUCGGAUCCGGCUUCUUUGGAGGUGGAUUUGGGUCUGUCGGCCGAUCUGCCCGCUUAGGUGGAAUGCUGCCUCAGGGCAUGCAGGACCCUAUGCGCGGUGACUCUCGCAACGAAGGGCGCCCGUUCGAUCGCCCGGAUAGUGCAUCUCACAUCCGCGAUCCUUUUGAGAACGGCUUCGGGAGAGCACCUGGCGCUUUCAAUGAUGUCAGCAAACGCGAGGCAGUCGAGAAUAUGUUUGGACCACCAGGUGCAUCGAGCACUGCCCAGCAACCCAGCGGUUCUGCAAGUGCUGGAGCAGAUCAGCACUCCUCUGGGGACGCUGACCCUGCGCUGCAGACUCCGACACCUGGACAAGACGGGCAGAUGCCCGCAGCGCAACAACGGACUAUGGUUAUGCCCGAUCGAAUGCGAUGGAUUUAUCGUGACCCUCAAGGCAACGUUCAGGGACCAUGGUCGGGGCUGGAGAUGCACGAUUGGUUCAAAGCUGGCUUCUUCACCGCCGAGCUGCUCGUCAAGAAGGUCGAAGAUACCGACUUUGAACCUCUUGCCCAACUCGUCAGACGUAUUGGAAACUCCCGUGAGCCAUUCCUAGUACCUCAAAUCGGCGUGCCACACGGUCCAACCAACGAGGGACAAACAGCUUGGCCCAAUGCUCCUCCACCUGUUGGUAAUGCUCAACCACCCUUCGCUAGCGCCUUCCCGAGCUUUGGCACAACCUUGACUGCGGAGCAGCAGAAUGCCCUUGAGCGCCGGAAGCAAGAAGAGCAAUACCUCAUGGCGCGACAAAAGGAACACCUCGCCCAGCAGCAAAUGCUUGCCAAACAGAUGCAAAUGGGUGGACCGGGCAUGCAUUCACUUCAACACCACUCAAGUGCGCAGUCACUGCACAGCCAGCCCAGCUACGGUAGCAUUACGUCCCCUAGCGGCGGCUUCCACCCGUCCCCACUGCCACCAGGACCACCAGGACCACCAGGGCAAUCUGCCCAAUCAGGGCCUCAACAGUCCAUACACCACACUCCGAUAGGACAACAACCUUUCUCUCGGGAAGAGAAUCUCCCCAACUUCAUGGAUCGCAUGAACUUGGGCCAGAUGCCAGCUUCUGGCCCUUUAGGCGCACCUGGGGACGGCCCUAGCCACCAGCAAGUCUCGCAGAUGCUACAGGACAGAGCACGAGUCCAACAGCAGCCUACUGAUACGCACGCUCACCAGGAAGCUUUUUUAGGGCAGCAGGGCAGGAACGAGCGCCUCGAGGAGUUCAACGAACUACGUGGCCAACCCGAGGAAGAUCGUCCCGGCCCUGAUCCAAUGCUUGCCCCGAUUGGGGCGCCACGCCCUUCCGAAGAGCCGCCUGCUCCAGGUUCUGAAGGCAGGCAAGCACCUAUUGGGCACUCCAAGAAGACGGCACCAGCUGAGCCAUCCCUGACGGAACAAGUGCAAUGGACUGCCGCCCAGCAGCUGCAGCAAAAGGAGCAGGACCCGCUUCAAGCACCCCCUGUAUCCAUCUCCCCGUUGCCAGCGCCGGCAGCUCAGCGGAACCGUCAGCACGUUGCCGAGUCUCUGGCAGCGGAGUCUCGCUCCCAGACUCAGACGCCGGUCGAGACACCUGCCGCUUCGAUUGCUCCUUGGGCGGAGAAACUCACCGAGCACAAGGGGGGCCCUUCGCUGAAAGAGAUCCAAGAAGCCGAGGCCAAGAAAGCUGCCGAGCAAGCUGCCAUGGCCGAAGCGGUGCGGCUGGCUCACGCGGAGCAGGAGAGACAGGCUACGACUCAUGCACCGCCACCAGCACCCGCUCCUGGCCUGCCAGCCAGUGCAACGUGGGGUACAUCAUCAUCACCGGGCACGCCGACUGCGACGAGCGGCUCUGUGUGGGCGAAGCAAGCUGCCAAGCCAGGUGUCACUCCAAAUGGACCUGGAAAGAAGACUCUUGCACAGAUUCAAAAGGAGGAAGAGGCUCGGAAGCAGCGGGCCAACGCGGCAGCGGCUGCACAGGUCCAAGCCCAGGCGCAAGUGCAAGCCCAAGCCCAAGCCCAAGCAGCGAGUUCUCCGAUCUCUACUCUCCAAGGCAAACGGUACGCAGAGCUGGCCAGCAAGGCUGCAACGGGUGUUCCCGGCGCUGCGCCCGGUAGUAUAUGGACUACGGUAGGGUCCAGCGGUAGGGUCAAGGCUCCGGCCACGGUAGUGGCGACUCCACAAGCAGCGCCUCGCACCGUCAGCUCCACGGCUGCGAGACCGUCUGCGCCCCCGAGCCGCAAUUCUAACCUGGUGGAAAAGACCAAGGCCAAGGACGAAUUCAUCAAAUGGGCCAAGGUGCAGCUUGGCAAAGGGCUGGAUAGCGGCAUCAAUGUGGAUGGGUUCAUUCAAACCUUGACCCAACUUCCUGACGACACGGAGAUCAUCGCGGAUAGUAUCUAUGCUAGCUCUCAGACUCUGGACGGAAGACGCAUUGCGCAGGAGUUUGUCCGGCGCAAGAAGCUGAUGGACAAGGGCAUUGUGGAGCCUGCACCUGUUGCAGGACAAGGCGAUAUCAACGGCGCGGAAAGCAAGAGUGCGGGUGGUGGCUGGAGCGAGGUAGCCAAGAAGGGACCUGAGAAGAAGGAAGAACCGAAUGCUCAGUUCAAGGUCGUGGCGGGCAAGAAGAAAGGCAAGCGUUGA